AUGGUACUCGCACAAGAGGCACGAAGAAACUAUUCCCUAGGAACUCCGGCGCCCCGACAACUCAGCGCCCUCGUCAAGCUCAACCUGCUUACUGCGCUAUGGCGUAAUACGCAGAUAUUGGGCUUCAACAUACACUCCAUCUGCGAGGACGAAUUCAUUUCUCCGCACAAUCUGCAAGGCCCGGAUCUCCCCUGCUAUUCUCGCCAAGAGCUCUCGUGGCCUCCAUAUUUGCGUCCGACGGAAGCGCAGAAAAAGAUUACGCAUCACCCAUUCCUUGACGUGUUCCCAUUUCCUUCUUUGAGAGAAGCCGGGAUCCGGGCCGAAGAACUUGGUUUCUUUGAUGAAGACGACUUUUGUCUCGACAUCUUCCAUCUUGAUGACAAAAAGGACGGCGUGGAGCGACCACGCAUGAUAGUCUGGGGCGAGUCUUGGGAUCCCCGGGGUUGGGAGGUCAACGUUGCGUUCCUGAAGAAAUGGGGCUGGAUGGUCCGAGGCUGCCCAGAGUUGCUAGAAGGCACGAACUACUGGCGUGAGAGAAGGGGCGAAAAGAAGUUGAACUUUAGCCUCAACCAGUGA